AAGAAAAAGAAGUUAUCGGUGUCUUCGUGUCCGUCACUGUGAUUUUAUAAGAAAAAACGGUAUAUGAACGGUGGGAUCUCCGAACGACACAAGCAGCAGCAGCUAAAUCUAUGAGUAGCGAAAAGGGUCUCUCUGCUCCUUUGGCGACUCCAUCGGCGCCUUCUUACGGUCCUCCUACCGUUGAGCUCGGCAAGGGCGUUAAUGGCCUCGACAAGGUCGUCCUCCGCGAGCCACGUGGUAGCUCCGCUGAGGUGUAUUUAUAUGGGGGCCAUGUGACUUCUUGGAAGAAUGACCAUGGAGAGGAGUUGCUUUUUGUCAGUAGUAAGGCUGUUUUUAAGCCUCCAAAGGCAAUUCGUGGAGGAAUUCCAAUAUGCUUUCCUCAGUUUAGCAAUCUUGGUUCUCUUGAGCCACAUGGGUUUGCAAGAAACAGGCUUUGGGCAAUUGACACUGACCCACCUCCUUUUCCUACAACUACUUCCAGUAAGACUUUUGUUGAUUUAAUCCUUAAGCCUUCUGAAGAUGAUCUGAAGAUUUGGCCUCACAGUUUUGAGUUCCGUCUGAGGGUAGCACUGGGCCCUGGAGGAGAUCUGCUAUUGACAUCUCGCAUCAGAAAUACCAGCACUGAUGGAAAGCCAUUCACAUUCACAUUUGCAUAUCAUACCUAUUUCUCUGUUUCUGAUAUCAGUGAAGUUCGGGUAGAAGGACUGGAGACGUUGGAUUAUCUUGACAAUUUGCAGAAUAGGGAGCGUUUUACCGAACAAGGGGAUGCGAUAACAUUUGAAUCAGAAGUGGACAAGAUAUAUCUUAGCACUCCUACAAAGAUUGCAAUUCUGGAUCAUGAAAAGAAGAGGACGUUUGUACUACGCAAAGAUGGACUUCCAGAUGCUGUGGUGUGGAAUCCCUGGGAUAAGAAGGCAAAGGCUAUGGCUGAUUUUGGAGAUGAUGAGUACAAGCAUAUGCUGUGUGUGGAGGCAGCCGCCGCCGAGAAACCUAUCACACUGAAACCUGGUGAGGAGUGGAAAGGAAGGCAGGAGCUUUCUGCUGUUCCUUCCAGUUACUGUAGUGGGCAACUCGAUCCUCAGAAAGUUCUCCGGGGAAGCUGAAGAUCCAUCACCCUGGGGCCUGGACCAUAUCCUGUACAGUAUUGAUUCAUGAGGGUUUUGCAGAGACAUUGUUCUGCAGGUAUUUUGUCGCAACAUGUAGCUGGAUCGUGACAGCAACUUUGUCCAGCAUUCUGUUUCUCUUCUAGAAUUUAAGAAAGACAGGAUUUAUCAGUAGAUAUGGCUUGAAUAAUUUGCUGCUUUCUUUCAGGUUUGGUUUGGGGAGGGAUAGGGAUGGAUGUGGGAAAGUACAUACGGUUGGGAAACUAAGUACCUUCCAUUUGAAAGGAGUAUCUUUCUUGGGUUGAAAAUAGGUUCCCUUUUAAUUGGAACCUUUGGGUUAUGUUAUUUCUUGCUUUACAGUCCCUUGUGAUGUUGAUGACGCAAUCAGAAUUAUUGAACAUCGCCUUGAAUCUCUGUAUUUUAUGCCUAUAUAAUAAAAACAGUGUUGAGAACUACAUGAUAGGCUCAUGUGGUAUAAUAAUACAUGAGGCAUGCAUGCUUAGGAUUUGGCAA